AUGGAUGGGGAGCCUGUUUUCAUUGAUUCCACGCGGUUGAACAUCAUCUGCCUUGACUACCCGCCGUCAGACGUGGGCGGUUAUCAUUCAGACGGCAUCGAAUACUACUGUUGCUGCAACAAGAACUGUGACACUGCUUGGGCCGUCCAGUGGGCGCCGCAACCACGGAGAAAACUUGUCUACGGUUCGGUGUCUCUGCACACCUACAAGACCUUCGCGGUUUCCAAGCUCUGUGCACCUUGCGAAAAGACAAUCAGGGAGGCAGACGAAGAUCGGAAGAAACAAUACGGGAAAUACAAGGCAAAGCAGGACCAAGAAGCGCUGAUCAAGGGGAGGGGAAAAGAGGAUGACGAAAACUUGAUCAAAUUAAUGGAUAAUGAAGUUGACCCUGAAGCCAGAGACCAAGGAGGCUUCACCAAGCAAGAUGACGAUUCCCUGAUCGACCAUGGGCUUGUCGAGGCAUACCGAAAGUCUAGAGGGCUGCAAACGGUUCCGAUGGUGCUACUCCCGCAAGAUCCCCAGGCCUGCGCCCUCUGUUGGGGAGUUUGUUGCUGUUGCACCUCAACUUCUCCCAAGCGCGCCAUGGUUGCAAACGACCAAGCAGCACGGCAGGCGAGAACUGCUUCUGCAUCAAACAACGCAAAUCAGAGAGUCCAUCAAGGGGAAGAGACGGAGUGCGUGGCUGAAAAGAUGACGACCCACUUGCGAAGCCUUCAACCAGAUCUAGCAGUCGCUGACCCACUUGACGCAUUUGACGAGGUCAGCUUGAGUCCGCGACCACAACUCAUUGAGGAUCCUGAAAUGCUGGCGGCUAGAGAUCCGUCAUGGGACGUGGUGGUAGAGGAGGAUGCAACUGAGGAUUGGGCGAUCAUCAACCAUUUCGGCUCUAUUGCCAUCGAGCACAGAGAUGCACAUGUUGACACGCCGACAGUCCGGCCAUAG